AUACGAUGAACAUAUGAAAAAUUAUGUGAACUGACCCGCAAUGUCCUCAAGUAUCGCCAGGGCCCAGGGUAGAGUCGCUGCUGAAAGUUACAAUACAAACGAUUUUAGCCCAGACCGGCGCCUACAACAUUCAGUAGCAAAUCCGAUCCGAUCGCUUAGCGGUUACAUACUUAUAAGAUACUACCCGUUGCUAAUCGCAUGUCUCCUCCGAUGAUUUACGGUUACAUUCCCCAACCGGACUUCCUCCUCCAACGGGCCAAAGACAAGAAUCUUACCGAAAUCGCACCUACAGAGGCCUUCGAGGAGGUGAUGGCCAUGGAGAAAGCCAUUUAUGACAUCAUCAAAGAAGCCGGUCUGAGGCGCAUCGCUCGAAUGGAUUUUGUGGACGUUGAGGGAGAUUGCAUGAUAGCAAUAGCUCUGGGCAACAAUUAUGGUGUUUUGGGCGUGCACGUAAAGGUUACUCGUGAUGGUAUUGAACGCGUCAAGAAGAUCCUCGGUACAACACACGAACCAUUUUGGCUCCGACUCGACGAGUGAGGCCUCGACUGGUUUGGCCUUCAAACCACGGUAGCCGUAAUACUUACUACCUGUCGUUAGAUUUCGUGGGUGCCCUCGAACACGGUAAUAGGAUGUAUUGUUGGCGAGAGUGAGAAGCUGUAUGCGAAGUAGCUGAGGCGAAUAAAAAAUGUUGGCUGGGGGUCUGUCGCGUUAUGCGUUAAGCUGUAAUUGCGAGCGAAGUGAGCAUACAUGGCGUAAUUGAUGAGAGGACGGUGACCGGAUGCAGGAAAUAGAGCUAGACAUCCCGAUUUGUAAACGUUUCUCUGGCAUCGGCGAACAGUUUCAUCGCUCUAGAACGUCCGGUAGAAAAAUCCUACAAAUAUUAAUGACGAUCCUCUCUGAGGAUUUUUAUGUUGGUGAGACGCAAUUGGAGUGC